AUGUCAGUGGAACCGGGUCGCCGAUUGCUUGGAUCUAAUUUCAAAAGUGUCAAUCCUAUUGGCCCGAAACACUGCCUAAAAUUAUGUUUUGUCCAUACGGAUUGCCUCUCCGUAAAUGUUUGCAGAACUCGUCUUUUAUGUGAGUUAAAUUCUCAGCAAGAUUCUGGCACUACCACGGUAACAAAGGGCAGUCCUAAAGCGGAAGAUUUUAUUUACAUCCCUCGACAGUCAAUACCACAAGACAUAAUAUCGUUGACAGCGGCAUGCAGUACUGAAACAUGCAUUGUAGCACGUAUGUAUAAACUCCAAGACGUGGCUAAAGACGUCAUUUUACGACGAAACAUGGCAACAAAAGUAACCGCAACUCUAUCAGAAGAGAAAUUAUCCGCUGUAAGGGCCCUUUUUGCAUACAAUGGUUGGGAUUGGGAUGCCGAGGAAGAAGAAGUUAUAUCUGAGGAAGUACCUUCUUCGCCUGGACUAGCUAUUGAGGGAAAUGCCGGAAGAGAUGAAUGCCCCGACUGGGAACCUCCACCGGGACAACAUACCAGUUACGUCGUUAAUACGUCAGAAAGCUACGUUGGAAGAAGCAGGGGCUACGCGUGCGCAGUAGGAACAGUUCCAGAGAGAGUGAAUCAAACUCUGUGUUUGGCUAACGGUCAUUGGGAAACUCCAAGAUGUCAAGGUUAA